AUGAAUCAAUUUGUAGCGGAGGCCGCGAUGUCCGGUAACUUACCCGACUCUUCACUUGAACAUUUACCUUUCAAUCUCGACCUCUUGACUGAUUUUCAAAUACACAUAGCAAACACCACUCCAAGCCAUACUCCCCAUCUAUAUGUUGUAUCGGAGCCUCAUACACCAGAAGCACUGCCAAAGGAGACCUACUGCGAGUCACCCGCCUCGAGCAGUUACGAAUCGUCCAGUCUACUGAAUGGUGGCUUCACCCCAUUGAAUCAAUCUCCGGUCACACCGAUCACGCCAGGAAGCUAUGGAGAGUUCAGUAAUCUCAAUUCACCUAUGACAGAUCGCCAUGGGUCAUUGCCAGCUCAUGGUCCUUUUCAUCGGCGACAAACGUCCAUGAAUAAGGUACAUACUUACGAGCCUGAGUCUGAUACAGACACAAAGAAUGAAGCAUCCGAAGACGGUCAGGAGCUGGCAUUAGUUGCCGCCCCUCAACAUACCGUGCAUGCCAAUCAAGCCCAGAACUUGUCGAACAGCUAUGGCGCGCUCAUGCCCAAACGAGCAUCAGCACACAUGGGGUUUGAGCAACUACCCAAUUUGAAUCAGACUUUCAUGUUCCAAGAGCCUCGCCAUAGCCAUAACCACCCAUUGCUAUCAAAUCGAGAUUUAAGAAACAUUAAUGGCCUGCCCUUGAGUUGCACAGGGCCGCCGAUGCCCCCACCUGGUAUUAAUACCAUGCAUCAGGAUCGUUGGAGCCUUCCUCACUUCAACAGUGUCAACCCCCAAACUCAGCCCAUAUCUUACAUGCGCUCUACAGCUAUGCAGCCUAUGCAUCAUGCUCCCACCAAUUUGGUACCGUCACCUUUUGUGACCCCAGAUACCUUGUUCCGUGGCACUGAUCCUCGGAAUCGACCCUCUGACGUCGGUCUCUAUCAAAAUCGUGCGCCUCCGGAUAACACGCAUCGUGCGUUGCAGAACGCAAUCCAGGUUGCCCCAUCUCAGGGACGAAAUUUACCGACGCUUCAGCCAGUAACAGAGGCCGAGGACCCUCUUGUGCAAAAGCUCUACAAGGCGAUGAUGAACAUGGGCUAUACCGAGGAUAACAAAGGCAUCUUAAAAACCUGGCGAAAGCUGGGGGAAACAAAGACUGAUCACAUUCUUCAAGUUUGUCGGGACAUGCUUGACUUAUCAAAGCGGCGCCAGGAGACUGGCCAGCCGCUCUGUGAGACGAGGCACAUGGGAACAGCUUACAGUACCUUGGAGAAGCGUCUCGAUGCGCUCUGUGAGACGCUAGAAGCUCAAAAAACUGUGUGUAAGCAUCUGCUGGAAGAUCCCUACAUUAAUCGUGUUGUUGAGGACCCAUCGAAGGCUACAAAAUUGGUUAAGAACAAUCGACGAGUGAAUGCUCAGAAAAAGGAAGCUAUUGAUGCGGGCCGGGAUCAUAAAGGAGUACGGGGCCGUGGGAAGGGCAACCGUCUUGAGCAUGUGAGGACUGUGACCGGAGGACGCACUGGGUCUCAUACCAAUCGAGUCGCAUUAACUAGGCCUAAACGUAAAGGCCCUCGUCAGCAUUACGAAGAAGAGGGCAGCGACUAUGAAGAUGAUCGCAGUGGCACCGUCUCGCCUCCGGCUAAGAAGUGCAGACGCAGCAAGAGAUCAUCCGCUGCGACAAAUGCUAGAUUUGUGGGGAACAGUACGAACGCAUCCGAAGGCAGCUCAUCGCCUCACGAAGAGGAACAUGUCUAUCAAUUAGCAAAGAGCAAUCUAGCAAUGACGCCAGGUGUUGGCCUCGGGCCAAGGAGCCAGCUGACCCAAGGGCUACCGAAUCAUCAGCACGUCGAUACACCUUACGUAGGGACUGAUUGCGAAGCUCUUGGUCCUAUGAGGCCGAUGGAGCCGCCCACUUACAAGGACACUUUCCCCUACGGUACCCAUGAACCCUAUGCACCCACUGCUAGGUUUGGGAAUGGAUCCAUCAAUGACAGCGGGUAG